GUCCUGAAUUUCUCCUCUAGGAGGAAGUGCCCAGACAGGAGGAGGUUUUCAUUAUAUGACUUCAUCAAACAUAGUGCAAUGUCGAGUUCCUCACCAUUCAAGAUGCGAUUAGUUCAUCUGGACCUGAAAGGUGCUCCACCAAAGGUCUCCUACCUCUCGGAGAUUUUCCCCCUGUUCCGGGCCCUGGGUGCAGACGGCCUCCUCAUCGAAUAUGAAGACAUGUUUCCCUACGAGGGCCCCCUGAGGUUGCUGCGGGCCGAGCACGCGUACAGCCCCUCGGAACUCAGAGAGAUCCUGCGCCUGGCCGCGCUGAACGAGCUGGAGGUCGUCCCCUUGGUGCAGACGUUCGGACACAUGGAGUUUGUGCUGAAGCACGAGGCUCUGGCUCACCUCCGCGAAGUGGCCCUCUUCCCCAACACCCUGAACCCCCACAAGGCCGAGUCCCUGGCACUGGUCGGGGCCAUGAUCGACCAGGUGAUGGGGCUGCACCCGGGCGCGCGGUGGCUCCACAUCGGCUGUGACGAGGUCUACUACCUUGGCGAGGGCGAGACCUCGAGGCGCUGGCUGCAGCAGGAGCCCAACACCAAAGUGGAGCUGUGUCUGUCCCACAUGGAGGCGGUGGCUGGCCACGUGCUGGCCCGGCACCCCACCACAACGCCCCUGGUGUGGGACGACAUGCUACGGGACAUCCCUGAGGACCAGCUCUCAGCAUCCAGGGUGCCGCAGCUGGUGGAGCCCGUGCUCUGGGACUACGGUGCCGACCUGGACAUCCAUGCCAAGGCCCUCCUCAUGGAGAAGUACCGGAGGAGCGGCUUUUCCCAGCUGUGGGCCGCCAGCGCCUUCAAGGGGGCCACGGGGGCCAGCCAGGCCCUGACCCCAAUCGAGCACCACCUCCGGAACCACAUGCAGUGGCUGCGGGUGGCGGGUGGCGUGCCGGUGGGCUCGCUGAGGGGCAUCGUCCUGACCGGCUGGCAGAGGUACGACCACUUCUCCGUGCUGUGUGAGCUGCUGCCCGUGGGCAUCCCGUCCCUGGCUGUCUGUCUGCAGGCGCUCUUACAUGGAGGCUUUGCUGAAAACGUUAAAGCCAGAGUGGAGAAGCUUCUCGGGAUCCCAAGCCUGGAGAUGAUGGAUUUUGCGAGCGAGGGGGCCGGCUCUUUCCCGGGCAGCGACAUCCUGGCCCUCGUCACCCAAGUCAGCCUGCACCUGCGCAGCUCCGUGGACGCGCUGCUGGAGAGGGACAGGUACGUGACGGGCUGGUUCAGCCCCUACCAUCGCAGGCGGAAGCUCAUCCACCCCGUCGUGAUCCAGCACAUCCAGCCGCAGGCGCUCAGUCUCCUGACCAGGUGGAGCGCCCUCCGGGGGGAGCUGGAGGCCGCCCUGCUGCGUGUCUUCUACCCGGACGCGGUGGAGGAAUGGCUGGAGGAGAACGUGCAGCCCAGCCUGCAGCGGCUGCAGACUCUGCUGGAGGACCUUGGUGAGGCAGCCGGCCUGGGCGGGACGCAGGCCAGGCCCCCUGCGGGGAGUGCCGAGCCCGGGCUGGUGGCCUCUCUGCCCUUGUCCAGCUGCCCCCGGCCCAGCACACACUCCUGCUGACCGGUGGCCCUGGGAAGAAAACAGCUUGGGGGGAAAAGGCACACCAGGCCUGUUUUGUGGUCAGCAUGUAGAACUUUAAUUCCUUUGAAAUAAAAAGGAGUAGAAGCCAAAAA